AUGACGAAAGUUUCAGGAGAUGAUAGAAUUGGUAGAGCAGCAAUCGGAAUUGUUCCUGAGGAGCUCACUGAGGAGAACUAUGAGGAAUGGAAAAGAUGCUUGGAGCAUUAUUUGGUUGGUCAUGGCCUUUGGGGUGUUGUUUCUGGAGGGGAGAAAGAUCCUAUAAACGAUGAGAGACAAGAAUAUGGAGAAGAAAAGAAACAAGAACAUGAGGAAUGGAAGAAGAAGAAUGCAUUGGCCUUGCAUGCCAUCCAACUUUCGUGUGGAACAGGCACAUAUGUUAAACUUAAGGAAGCUCACACUUCUGCGGAAGUUGCAUGGAAGCAUUUGGUGGUAAAACUAAAGCCCAACAAAAUAUUUGCAAAAGGUGAUCCUGAAGAUGAAAGCAGCCGUGUUGAAGAAGAAGGACCAAAAGACCUUCGCUAUAGGCCCUUGUACAUAGCAAUUGCAACAGGCGAUUUUGAUGGCACAAAAAGUCUCCUUGAUCGAGAUCCAGGCGCUGUUAGGGCCAUAAUUUCAUCACAUAGAGGAACUGCACUUCAAUUUGCCAUUCUAAAUGGACACAUGAAAAUUGCAAAGGAGCUGUUGAGAAGAAUGCAACCAGCUGACUUGAAUAUGGCUAAUGACAAUGGAUGCACAGCUCUUACUUUUGCUGCAAUCCGUGGUGUAACAAGGUUGGCAAAAACAAUCGUGGAAAAAAAUGACGGGCUUCUUAUCAAGGAGAGUGACCUUAUCGAUGGGCAGCUUCCUGUCAUAGUGGCUGCUUUGUAUGGUCAAAAGCAUAUGGUUGAUUAUCUAUACUCGGUGACACCAAUAGAGUUAUUUCGCCCAGAGGAGGGUAAGAAUGGUGCUACACUGCUUAAUUCCCUGAUAACAGCAGAAAUGUAUGGUAAGAUUGUGGAUGCAAGAGGCAAUAUACCAAUCUGCAUCAAAUCUUAA